AUGGCUCGGCAGCUAGAGCAGUUGCAGCAGCUUCCACAGCAUGUGGCAGUCACACAUUGCCAUGUCAGCCAAACAGUCAUCGAGAACGCACCCUGGCAGGUCUCCUUGCAGUAUCUAGGACAGCACGAUUGUGGGGGUUCCACAUACAGUGCUGAGAUCAUCAUAAAUGCUGCACAUUAUAUGACGAAGAUAAAGACCCUUGACCAACAGAUACCAACGAUAUUGUCGUAUUACGUAUAUGUGAGUCUUACAUUGGGAAAGCGAAAUGAUUUGCGCCUGCAAUCGGAAGAAAGGCGGUCCGGCGGUCCAUUAGUGAUCAUUAAAGAACUUGUAGGUGUUGACUCCUUCGGAACUAAGAACUGUACCUGCCCCAGCGUGUAUGCCCAAAUGCCAAUUCAAACGAUUAUAAUAUAGGACUAUGAACUGAAAUAAUGUAGCUUAAAAACUGGCAUGUCGACGGUGUAAUCGAGAAUUGUAAAUCAACAAAAAUAAAUUCAUA